UCCGAUUUUCCCGUUUUUCACACUUCGCCCACCUCACACCUCGGCGACCCUAGUUGAGCACACCCACAAAAGACCUAUCCAUAUCUCAAUAUAAAACCACAGAUAUGCUUUCAAACUACACCCACGACGACCCCAACGACCCCGCCUCCAAACCCACAUCCCCAUCCCAAUCCUUCGACACCCUCAAACAACUCAGCCAAACCCACCACCCAAAAAAGCAAUCCCCAUCCCCACCCUCGAAACACAAAUUCUUCUCCGACUUUACAAACUCGUCACCGGGGGCUGGUAAAACGACCACGACCACGUCGUCGCCUUCGUCUUUGUUUGGGUAUAGACCUGCAUCACCGUUGGGGAUCUCGGGGGGUGCGUUGGAGGAUGAGUCGCCUCCGUUUUCGGAGUCGUCUAUGGAGCUGGAUGACGAUCACCCAAUUAAAAAUGAGUAUAAUGGGGCGGAUCACAACGGGGUGAAUCAGAACGAUCCAGACGUGGGCGUGAUUUCGUCGUCGUUCCAGUUUUUGAGCGACGAAGGAAGCGGGACGAGGGUUUUGAGGGACGAUGAGUUUUCGGCGUUUGAUGAGCGGGGGAUUUUGGGUGGGCCUUCCAUUCUGUUUGAGGCGGGAGAGGGGGAGAAUACGUAUCCGGAGGAGGAGGAGGAGAGGGGGAGCGGAGAGAAGGAGCGGAGUGGGUUGGGGGACGGGCGGGACGAGGAUGUGAGAGUUGAGGAUGUGAGGGGGGAUGCCUUUGUCGGAGAGGAUGGGGUUGAGGAGGUGGUUGUUUUGCAAGAGACCGUGAGGGAGGUGCUGAUCGAGACUGUGGAAUUGGAGCACGAAGUCGCCAUGGACGCACCAUUCACCGAAUUCGACGACCUCGACAAUCUAGACGGCGAUGACGAAUCAAACUUAACCCACUCCCCAACCCUCCAACACACCCUCGACCAAUCCACCACCCAUUUCUCCCUGCACCCCAACGACUCCUACACCGCCUUCCUCCAAGAAUGCGACACCCCGGCCUUCCGCAACGCCGCACGCCGCCAGUUGCUCUCCCCACUAGGGUCCACCUCCCCAUCACCGUUAUUCCCUCUUCUCUCCUCCCCCCGCCCCGCGACGCUCGACGACCAUAUCAACCGCUACCGCCACGCUCUCGCGGAACUGAGGAAACUGAGGGAGUUGAGAACGGCGUACGAGCGCGCGUAUGGCGAGGACAUGGGCGAUCUGCAGUGGUAUGAUCUGGACCGCGUGAGGAGGGGCGCGUUGGGGAAGGUGGCGGAGUUGAGGGAUUUGGAGGGGGAGAUGGAGCGGUUGAUUCGCAAGGUCCAGGAGGAUGAUGAGGCAAAACACAAACCAGCCCUCCAGCACAUCGCCGCCCACUCCCUAACCCUGGACGCGAAACAAGCCGAGAUCGAGUCUCUGGAAGCCAAACUGGCGCGUAAACGCCGCCGGCAGCACUGUCGCGAGAACGAGGUUGUCCAGCUGCGGAGAGAUGUGCGGGAGAUGCAGUCGGCGGUGCAGGUGCUUGUGGAUGAGGGGGGGCAGAGGAUUGCUGCUUUGGUAUGUUGUGGGGGUUUUUGGUGAGAGAUGGCAUGGGCGGGUUAUCAUGAGGUGGUGGCUAACGAUAACCGAGUGACAACAGAAUUUACCAUGGCCGGCCCUCUACGUCUUCUGCGCCGUCGGGCUGUUCAUCUGUGCUAUCAUCAUGUAAGCCCCCCCUCCUGUGCCAAAUCACACC